AUGGCUAUACCAACCGAACGAUUCCAUGUCCUUUCACAGCUUGAUCACUUACAGUCGAAAUAUACUGGUACGGGUCACGCCGAUACUACGCGAUGGGAAUGGCUUGUCAAUCAACAUCGUGACACAUAUGCUUCUAUGAUAGGUCAUCCUGACCAUCUAAGCUUGAUAGCAGUAUGUGAAAACGAAUCACGUGCUAGAGUUCGAUUUAAUUUACUAAAUCAGAUGGUUGCACCUUGUGGGCCGCCACCAGAAAAAUCUGCUCUUGAUGACUGA